ACACACAUAACAACGCGACACACAACAGCAGUCUUCUUGCUCGGCAGCGGUGGUGCAUACGUUAGGCGGAACAUGUUGACCUCGCUCGCACGCAGCGGGCCGGGCGUGGCGAGAGUCGCACAGCGCGCGGCGGCACCGCUCUCCGGGGCACGGGCACCAGCAGCAGCCGCGGCAAGACGGAGCAUGGGGGGUCACGCCAGGCACAUCGGGUUGCCAGGAGAGCAUGUGCCGAUCGAGGUCAGCAAGGUGCACAAGACGCUCGGGACGGCGUACCUGGCCACCAUGUUCUUUUGGAUGAUGUACCGGGCGAAGCAGGACGGGUUGGUUCUUCUGGGACUUGAGCACCCGUGGGACCACAUGGACGACCACCACGACCAUGGUGCAGGCCACGAGGAGGAUGAGGACGAGGACGAGGACGAGGACGAAGAGUAGACGAUAAAUGAUAGUUGACAUCUACGGAGAUCAAAUCAUCUAGGAACGUGACAUCUGCGGAGAUCUAUUGAUCAAAGCGCAGACUGAUAGUCGACAUCUAUGCGUACGGGAAUUGAAUGAUCGAAGAGUAGAAUGGACUGAUUAUUGACAUCUACGGAGAUCGAAUGAUCAAAGAGUAGACUGAUACCAAGUAGUUGACAUCUGCGGAGAUCGAAUGAUCAAAGAGUGGCAGUUGACAUGUACGGAGAUCACACAUGACCACACCUCUCACUCAGAAUCGGCCGUGUUGUGUUUGACACAGAUCAAAGCAUCAUAUUAGUUCUACUUCACAAUCGAUCGUUUUGUUCAUGACCAUUGGUCACGAUCUACUGCUGCCGCAGCUGCAGCAGAACCUUGUUUGCUUGGGGGGAGCGGGGAGGUCAGGGGGGAUGGUUUACAGAGGUGAUGCUGCGGCAGGGCAGAAUCGGUCGGUGUGUCUGACCGAGGUAGACAAGUGUGACGUCAGAUGAAGGUCUCGUCGACGUUUUUUUUUUUUUUUUGCGGAGUAGCGGACGGUAGUGCAGAGAGGCGGCAGAGAUAACAUAGUGUGGUCACCCGCAUCCCCGUCGGCUAGCGUGGCUGCUUGUGCGGCGCAAACAAGGCCAGGCGUGGGUGAGGGUAGAAAGUACUGCUUGUUACCCCUUGCUAUGAUGAUGCACGUGCUUCCAAUUUCACCCGUCAGAUGCUGCUACUCUUUGUGGUCGUCGAGCUGUUUUGCCAUAAGUAGCUAAGCAGUAAAUGCGAAGCGACUGAGCAGCAACAAAAACCGUGACCUUUGAUCCUCCUGACCACGUUUUGAGUUUGCGCUUUCGCCACUCCUUUUUGCCAUUCAUGCGCUUCUUUGGUAAAGUGAACUUGCGUUUGCGUUUGCCAAUUUCUAUAGCUACAGAGUCCAAGGUAUUGUCUCCAUUUCGUGCAAAAAGGUGACAGCUGAGAGUUUGGGAUGAUCUCGAACGGAUAGUGUCUCUUUGACUGUAUGAAUAUUUUCUAAAGUAACACAUGCGCCGACGCAGAUGGAAGCACCGCGGUAGAUGUGCGGACGAACACACACAGGUGUGUGUGCGGUCGAUUGCUCCGCAAAUAAACUGCCCAACACCGAAAAGGGUAUGUCGAUAAUUUUGGCAACAAUAUGGUCGAGAGCUGUCAUUCCUUGCACGUACCGGUCGGGUUCCUUAAACCCUCGUGUUGGUUUUGGAGCAAUCCAUCUCUACAACUGAUCGCAUGCCUGUUGCGUUCGCUUGCACCUUAACGUUAGAGCACGAAGCUAUCCAUGUAUCGGCGGCCUGGCUAUUUGCGCCAACCGAAACAGAAACAUCGCUGACAUGGAGAACGUUUUUAACGUUUCAGUGUGUACGACCUAACUUUAGUAAAUUUCCACUCGCUCACGUGCU